UCAUCCUCCAUUCAUCAUCUCCAAGCGCCCAACAACAGCACACACCGGGAAUGACAGAACCAAUGGACAUAGACACGCCUACUUCCGGCCCAGCUUCCGGCGCCCAACCUCGAAACGCGAUGGCGGCGCUCAUGGCGAAUGCGAAGGGAAAAGGCAAGGAGAUUGCCUCCCCAGCUGCGGAUGGAAAGGCCGUGGAUGACAAAGAGGGUCUUCCUUGGUAUGUCCUUCUUCCCUCAUUUCUCAGGCUUUUGGGAUGUUGAUGCUCGUUGGAUGGGAUGAUAGGGUGGAGAAGUACAGACCUGUUUCGCUUGACGACGUUGUCUCACACAAGGAUAUUACCAGUACCAUCGAAAAGUUUAUCGAAGCCGGACGAUUACCUCAUCUCUUGUUAUACGGACCCCCAGGUACCGGUAAAACAUCGACCGUCCUCGCCCUUGCCCGUCGGCUAUAUGGACCUGCGUACAGGAAACAUAUCCUCGAGUUGAACGCUUCAGAUGAUCGAGGGAUUGAUGUGGUGCGAGAGCAGAUUAAGAAUUUCGCAAUGACCAAGGUGCUAUUCUCAAAAGGUUUCAAGUUGGUCAUUUUAGAUGAAGCGGAUAUGAUGACACAAGCAGCUCAAUCUGCACUUCGUCGAGUGAUCGAACAGCACACUAAGAAUGUGCGAUUCUGUAUCCUCUGCAACUAUGUCAACAAAAUCACCCCUGCUAUCCAAUCUCGAUGUACCAGGUUUAGGUUCUCUCCCUUGCCAGAAAAAGAAAUACAAGUCAAGGUGGAUGAGGUCGUGCAAAAAGAAGGGGUGAACCUUACGGAUGAUGGUCGGGAUGCGAUUCUCAAAUUAUCUCGAGGCGAUAUGCGACGGGCCCUCAACGUCCUCCAGGCAUGUCACGCGGCGUACGAUAUAGUUGAUGAAACGGCCGUUUACAACUGUACAGGUAACCCGCACCCCAGGGAUAUCGAGCGUGUCGUACAGAGUAUGAUGGCAGACGAAUUCGGGACCGCUUACUCGCUUAUCACCUCUCUUAAAAUUGAAAAAGGUCUUGCGCUGCAAGAUUUGAUUGCAGGCGCAUACGAAUUCUUAGAUACUGUCGAAUUGCCAAAGCAAAGCAGGAUAUACCUGCUCGAUCAUCUGGGAAGUACCGAGCACCGACUAUCAUUAGGCGGUUCGGAAAAGAUGCAGCUCACAGCAUUGUUGGGAGCGUUCAAAGUCGCCGUAGAACUUUCUCAGAGAAAGAUUUGAUUUUGUUUGUCUUUUUUAUUACGCAUGCCCAUGCACGUCGCGUGUUUUUAUAUGUAUGUUGCAGUGCAAAAGU